AUGGCUGGAUUUUUCAGACGAAUAUACGAUUGGCUGCUUAGCCUGUUUUGGGCUACGGAGAUGGAUAUCACGAUGAUUGGUCUACAGAAUGCAGGCAAGACAUCAUUGUUAAGGGUCCUUUCGGGGGGUGAAUUUACUACUGACUCUAUCCCCACCGUCGGCUUCAACAUGAAGAGAGUACAGAAAGGCCACGUUACACUCAAAUGCUGGGAUUUGGGCGGUCAACCUAGAUUUAGAGCCAUGUGGGAAAGAUAUUGCCGUGGCGCCAAUGCAAUUGUUUUUAUUGUCGACUCCGCGGAUAUUGCCGCCCUUCCGAUCGCCCGAGAAGAACUCCAUACACUUCUUCUAAAACCGAUUCUAGAAGGCAUCCCUCUUCUAGUUCUGGGGAACAAGUCGGAUCUGCCGGAUAAGUUAGGCGUUGAUGACCUCAUUGACGAACUUGACCUACGAGAAAUCAAACAUCGAGAGGUAUCUUGCUACAGUAUUAGCGCUAAAGAGGAGACAAACCUUGACGCAGUAUUGCAAUGGUUGAUUAAUAAGGCGAAGAAAUGA